AUGAAAAAAGUUUUAGUUUGGUUUGCUUUCCUUACAGUGGUGUACUUGUACUUUUCUCUGAGAGUUGGGACGGUUCCAAUCUGUUCCUAUGGCCAGGAUGGAUGUCAGGUCCCUUCACUGGCAGAUCUCUUCGACAGGGUCAUACAACAAUCUUCAAGAAUGGAUGACAUCUCCAAUGAUCUGCACUCUGAAUUUGAGCAAUAUUUCUUUCCUAGUAAGAAAAUUAUAGGAAAACGGAGGUGCCACACAUAUGACAUAAUAACACCAGAUGACAAAGAAAAUGCACAAAGACUAGGACCAGAACAACUGACUGAGGUGAUUUUAAGGCUGCUGGCGGCCUGGAGUGACCCCUUGUCACAGCUCCAAGGGAGCAUGUCACAGGAUCAGAAUCAAGAUUUCAACCACCACAGCUACGAGGCUCAGGAGGUCACAGAUGUUGUGCAAGAUCUGAGGGAUGGAGUGGCAAAAAUGGCUGAGAGAAUGAAGCUGGAGGGAAUGCUGGAUAACACGAUGGGAUACAUCUCUGAAAGUUUGGUCCCUUCUUCUGCCUUUUCAUUCUAUGCACGAGGAAAUCUUCACUCCAUAGAACAUUAUGACCUACUGCACUGCUUCCGCAGAGACUCCAGCAAAGUCAGAAAUUAUCUCCGUAUCCUGAAAUGCACCACCCUUCCUGAAACAGACUGUUGA